ACCUCUCCCCAAAACCAAUCAUCGCGGCCCCGACCAGCGACUCCGCACGAAGUUCGACGUCUCCCGCCUCGCGUCCAAGCAGAAUGGUCAAACUCAAGAUCGGAGCAGCCGCCUUACAAGCCUUCCAUCUAGCUCAGCAGGAGCAGCAGCAGGAGGUAAAUCCAAGAUCCCCCGCUGCAUCCGCGACGCCAUCGCAACAGCAGCAACCACGACCACCGCCUCCCAUUGAAACCCCUACGCGUCCUCCGAAAUCCUCGAAACAGAAAUCCUCGGUGGUGAAAUCCUCUAAGAAAGGCCGACCAUCCUCCAAGACCACUGCUUCGGAAGCGGGCACCCCGGCGCCGCCGCGCACAAAGAAGGCGAAAACCGCCGCCGAACCUCCCCAAACACCGUCUUAUGCCGCGCCGCCGCAAUCCACCCCGUUGCCAAGUGUUAUACCGAAGAUCAAGAUCAAGGGAUACACUCCUGCGGUAGCGACACUGCCGCCUCCGCCCCCACCGCCGCCGUCCGCCGUCGCUCGUCCACCAAAGCCGAAAUUGAAACUCACCUCGUCAUCCGUUGCAGCCGCGCAAGCCGCCGCCGGGGCGCCGUUUCCCAAUGUUCCCUUCGCCAAUGGCCCCGCGCGCACCCCCACCAUCAAACUGAAGCACACACCGAAACCCACCACGUCCCGCAAGCGCCGUCACGACCCCGGCAACGGCUACGACUCUGAGGCCUCCGACCGCGAGGAAGACCCGGCCAUCGAAGAGAAUUUUAUCCUCCGCAUGCAACCAGGCCCGGACUGCGACUAUCUUCGCGAGGUCAUUGAGCGUAAGGAGCUCAACGUCACUUCGGAUGUGUGGAUGAAGUUUAAGGAGCCACGGAAGGCGGUGGUGUGCGUACGUGGCCACCUGUAUGCCGCCGCGCUGGUCGACCUCCCGUGCGUCAUCGAGGCGAACAAAACCCUCGACAAGAAGAACAUUUUCAAGGUUGCCGACAUCUGCCAGAUGCUGCUGGUCACCCAGCGGCUCACGCACGAAGAGGAGAUCUGGAGUGUCAAGCUCAACCACGGCGAGCAGCAGUACCCGCACGGCCUCACCCCGCCAAUGCAGUACGCGCGGAAACGACGGUUCAGGAAGCGGAUCAGCAACCGCACGAUCGAGGCGGUCGAGGCCGAAGUGGACCGACUCCUUAAGGACGACGAGGUCGCUGAAAACUCCAAGUUCCACCUCGUUGACGCGGCGGAGCUGGAUCGCGAGGGUUCUCCGGAGUCAGAGGCCGGCGAUGACUACGCAUUGCUAGGAGAAGAGGAGUAUGACGACGAGCAGGACGCAGAGGGCGAGGCCGACGUCGAAUAUCUCUACGCGCCGCAGGAUGGCGACGACGUCGAGAUGGACGAGCAGUCCCUCGUCAACGACCUGGAGUCUGCGCUGUUCGAUGCGGGCGAUGACGAUGCGGCCGCCGGCAACGAGAGCGAAACCAGCGAUGAGGACGAGGAGGAGGAGGUGGUCCCGCCGGAGCCCGAGCUCUCGGACGAGGCAAAGGAGGCGCUGCAGCAGAGGGAGAAGCUCAAGGAGGAGAUCCAGGACCUUGAGGAAAUGAUCGCGAGCAAGGCUACGGAGUACGAGAAGAUGGGCAACGCCAUGCUCAAGGCGCGCGUCGGAAAGGUCAUUCUCGGAUUCCAGAACCAGUUGGAUAUCAAGAGGGAGAUGCUGGCGCAGUUGAACGCGUGAAAUAGAUUCAUUGGUUAGUGGGGAUCAAUCACAAUUGAGAAUGGAGAACGCGUUCGAGAUUUUUCAUUAGUGACUUGAUUUUAAUUGUUUGCUUGCUUGUUUGUUUGUACAGUAUAGGUCGCUGUUUUUGUGUUUUUUUAUGUGGGCUGCAGGUGUUCAUGGGCGUCUGUUUCUCUGUUUGCUUUGAUUUUAUUUGCUUGAUUUUGGGGUGUUUGCGUUGUUUUUCUUUCCUUCUUUAUGGUUUAUUUCAUUUUUGGAAGUGGGAGGG